UUCAUGGAGAAUAAAUUCUGAAUUUCGGAAAUUUUAAUCUUCAAUUGUUUUUCAGUUUGAACAAUGGAAAAUAUAGAACCAUCCCCUGAAGUCUUGAGACAAGCAAUUUUGGAGUUGCAAGAGCCAGUAAUAUUUCAGAAUAUUAUAAAUAACGACCUGGAAAGGAAUAAUUGGAGUCGCCUGUCUCUGGAGGGGCUGAGAGAUGUCCUGGGGGACAAGCCCCUCCCUUUCCGGACUGGGAAAAAUUCCAGAACAAAAGAGCCCCAGUGGGACCUGAAUUGCCCCACAGAAGCCCUGAGCAUCGAUGAAUUCCUGGAAAAAGCUGAUAAAAAUCACAACUGGUAUUAUUUCGAUUACAAAUAUAUGCACCAAUGGUUUAAGGAUAAACCGGAAGUCUUGUCAGCAGUUGAUUGGAGAUCUUUUGGAUUCGAAAAAACUGGAGAGGACUCUACCCUCUGGAUAGGGAGCAAAGGGGCUCACACGAACUGUCAUCAGGAUUCUUAUGGCUCUAAUUUAAUUGCACAGACACAUGGGAGGAAGCAGUGGCUGCUGUUUCCUCCAGACUCUGGAAAAAUUCUCCAGGAGACUCGAGUCCCCUACGAAGAGUCCACAAUAUAUAGCAGAUUGAAUUUCUUCUGCCCGUCGACAUACGAGGAAGACUGUCUCUUAAAAAUCGAGAGAGGGCCCAUGAGGGUCGUCCUGACACCUGGGGAUGUGCUCUUCGUCCCCAGAGGCUGGUGGCACUUCGUGGAGUCCUUGGAGGUCAGUGUCAGUGUCAAUGUUUGGCUGCCACUGGCUUCGGACUGUCAGAAUAGGCUCAGGGAGGCCCUCGUGAAGCUCAUCAUCGAGAGGAUUGGAAAGGGUCUUCCUGCUGUGAGGGAGGACGUCCCUUAUAGGCUCGAGGAAAUCCUGGAAUUGAUAGAAAAAUGUAUCAGCGACUGUGAAAAAUUGAGGGAAGAACCUCCUGAGGAGAUGAUCCACAAAAAAAUCCGGAAAACCCCCUGGACUCCUCCAGAUUUAUCAAGGGAAUUUAAAAAUUUUGUUAAACUUGGGAAUUACCUGGGCCGUGAGGAGUUGAGAUUAUUUUUACACCAACAAAGACAUCGAUUUCCAGUCUGUGAGAACGAGAAAAUCCAGGAAUCGACUGUAGAAUAUUUAAAUCGUGACGAGAAUAUUUUGAAAAAAAUUACUGACACCCUCUGUCACUCGGAAAUCAUCACCAGAGUUGUUGAUACUCUUCUGAAAAAAGAUUGAUUAGAUUUGAUAAAUAAAUUCAGUCAGGAAAUAACGAAUAAAUAAUU